UUAGGAUUCUCGAGCCGGGCUGAUGCAGCAGGUAUCACUGGAUGUCUGACGUUGUUACAGACCUGGAUAUACGAGUAUUUUCCUGCGUUUCGACCACACCGCGACCCGGUUCCCAUUGGUGAUGGCCAGCCACGUGCCUGUGCGUGGAGUCCGCGUGUCGAGAAGAAGUCCGUUGACCGCCUGCGCUCCAUACGGUUAUCGCUUGACAGGAUGUCCCCCUUAGAGGUGAACUGGAUGCCUUUCGGCCAGAACCCUAGUAAUAGGGUACCCAGGACCCUCUACACUGGACUGAUUCAGUAUCGCGAGAUCGUAGAGGCGUACAUGCCGCAGCGCUGUCUUCGCCAGCUUGGAUUUGUCCAAGUUGUCCCACCUCCACCGGCAUGGCCCAGUAAGGCGGUACGAUCUGCGUCGUCGAAGGAGUACGUCGUCCAAUGGCCGUCAAACAUGAUAUUCAUGUGGGAGCAGUUUCCGAUGGUUGCCCGCCUAUGGACGGCGGAGCUGCAGCGGCCGCCAAGUGGGGUGACUGCCAUGUGUGACCAGCACUACAUGGAAUGGUACAUCCGGCACUCGCACCCGAGGUUGAUCAAAGACAUCGACGACGCAGAUGAUGACGAUGUGCCACCUGCCACUGCCUCUUAUGCGUGGAUGGGCAAGAUUAUGCAGUUGGGACACCGACUUUUUGAGGAAAGGGACUGCAUGACGAGUGCAUCAGGCAGAGCUGUUAUUGACGAUCUGGAACGGACCCUUGAGCAGUGGCAGUGGGCGUCACAGAGGGAUUACUGAUAUUUGAAAUUAGACAUAGUAUUGACAAUACAAGG